UGCCCUGCCCUGGCUUGCCAAGAUGGGCAAGAAGAAUAAGAAGGAGAAGAAGGCCAAGGGGGCCGAGAAGACGGCUGCCAAGAUGGAGAAGAAAGUCUCCAAGAGGACCAAGAAAGAGGAGGAGGAUCUGGAGGUGCUGAUCGCCCAGUUCCAGUCUCUGGACGCUGCAAAGACGCAGGUGCUGGAGACCCCCUGCGCCCCUCCCUCCCCGAGGCUCAACGCCUCUCUCUCUGCACACCCCGAGAAAGACGAGCUCAUCCUGUUCGGAGGUGAAUAUUUCAAUGGCCAAAAAGGGUCGAAGUCCGAGAAAAAGAGAAGGCGACGAGGCGCAGCGAAAGGGGAGCCCCAUCAGGCUGGUGGUGGAGGGGACGAGGCGGAAGGACAGCCUCCCCGUGGACCCGUGGAGAUUGUCAAGGAGGUGGUGGCAGAAGACGGGACUGUGAUGAUUGUCAAGCAGCUGAUCUCAGCUCCCCAGGGAAAAUCAACGGAGUCCCCGGAAUCGGAAGGAGAAGACGAGGAUGUGGGGAACGGAGCCUCCAAUCCUCCGGUGGAGCCCUGCCCCCGCUCCAAUGCCAUGCUGGCCGUGAAGCACGGGGUGCUCUACCUCUACGGGGGCAUGUUUGAGGUGGGGGACCGCCAGUUCACUCUCAACGACCUCUACGCCCUCGACCUCCACAAAAUGGAAGAGUGGAAGGUCCUGGUGGAGAUGGACCCAA